CCUUGCGUUGCCUAACAAACUAACAAAGCUGAAACUGGUUUGUCAAGGAUCCUCGUGAUCUUCAGAGAUGAGGGGGGUGAUGUUGUGGGAGUUGUAUAAUGCAUAAACGUUAGAUUGGCUGGAUUGGUGCAAAUAUCUCUUUUUAUUAUUAUUAUUAGCUUGAUAUCAAACAGUUAUAGGUCACUUUUUUAUCAAGGUGUUUCGAAUUUAAUUUUCAUUUUUUGUUUCCUUAACCUGCAAAAACAAUAUGGUUCAGCCAGUCAUUAUUAACACUAAGUAGGUGUGAAUUUAAUGUUGUUUAUUUACUGAAAUAAGACAUUCAUUGAAUCAUUAUUUGUUAUUAUUUAUUUAUUUAUUAUUUGUUAGCUUUAUUUUUCUUUUUCCUUUAGAUAUGAAUUUGGAAUUUAAAAGAAGACUCGGUAUCAGUUUAUCUGCACAAUAGACGUAGGCUACACAACUAGUUGGGCUACAUGUUCUAACUUUUAACCUGACAAAACAACAAUUGUUUUGAGAGACAACUAGUUUGCUUAAAAACAAAAAGGAAUCGGAAUGUUUACAAAUGAUUGUAGCUGGAAUGAGUUCUGAGCAUGUGACCGAAUACUGAGGCCCACUAAUAACACGUUCCAGAAGGGGAGAUCAGAUUUAAAAAGACCUGGUCUUUAGGAGACAUCAUUCAAUGGAUCAACUCAAGGUUAAAAAGCCCAGCUCUGAGCAGCAAGGGAGAUCAGCAUCUCCAUGUCCUAGCCAUGCGUCCAUGAGGAGUGAUGAGUGUGCUGUCUCACCCCUUGAUAAAAUUCAAGAAGAAGUCCAAUCAAAUCUGAGGAGCAGAUUUCAGUGUUUGUGUGAAGGGAUAUCAAGACAGAGUGACCUCAUUCCUCUCAACGAGAUCUACACUGAGCUCUACAUCACAGAAGGUGGAAGUGGAGAGAUCAAUAAUGAACAUGAGAUCAGAUGGAUUGAAACUGCAUUUAGGAGAGGAACCAGAGAUGAUACACCAAUCAACUUGAAUGACAUCUUCAAACUUUUACCUGGACAAGAUCAACCCAUCAGAACUGUGCUGACUAAAGGAGUCGCUGGCAUUGGAGAAACAGUCUCUGUGCAGAAGUUCAUUCUGGUCUGGGCUGAAGGGAAAGCGAAUCAGGACGUCCACCUCAUAUUUUCACUUCCUUUUAGAGAGCUUAAUUUAUUGAAGAAACAAACAUUCAAUCUUCAAGAUCUUCUGCAACUUUUAAUGGGCACAAAACAACUUGAAUUCUCUCCAAAUGAAUGUAAAAUCAUUUUCAUCUUCGAUGGUUUGGAUGAGUGUCGUCUGUCUCUGGAUUUUAACAACAGUGUGAGGAUGUGUGAUGUGACUGAAUCAGCCUCUGUAGAUGUGCUGCUGACAAACCUCAUUGUGGGUAAUCUGCUUCCCUCUGCUCUCAUCUGGAUCACCUCCAGACCAGCAGAAGCUGAUCUCGUCCCUUCUAAGUGUGUCCAUCGAGUGACAGAGGUGCGAGGCUUCAAUGACCCUCAGAAGGAGGAAUACUUCAGGAAGAGAAUCAGUGAUCAGAUCCUGUCCAACAGAAUCAUCUCACACCUGAAGUCAUCAAGGAGCCUGAUCAUUCAAAUGAGAACUAUGCAUGAGAAGGCCUAUGAUAAGAACAUUAAAGAUAUAGACAUGGUUCUCAAACUGGGUAAACUAGCUUUUCAGCAGUUGGAGAAACGUAAUCUGAUCUUCUACAAGGAAGAUCUUAAAGAAUGUGGCAUUGACGUACAAGAAGCGUCUGUGUACUCAGGAUUGUGCACUCAGAUCUUCAGAGAAGAAUCAGGGCUGUUUCAGUGGAGAGUCUACUGUUUUGUUCAUUUGAGUGUUCAGGAACAUCUUGCAGCUUUAUAUGUGUACUUCUCAUUUGUGAAUCAAAAUAUAAAUGUGAUAGACCAACCUAGUCUUCUACCCAAUGGUCUGAUUUGUGUUAAACAAGGUUCGAUAUCAAUAUCUGACCUCUGUCAGAAAGUUGUAAGGAAUGCUCUGCAGAGUACAAGUGGACAUCUGGACCUUUUCCUUCGCUUCUUUCUGGGAUUCUCACUGGAGUCCAAUCAGAUGCUCUUACGAGGCCUACUGACACAGAUUGAAAGCAGCUCUGACAGCAAAGAGAGAAUAGUUAAUUACAUAAAGCGGAAGAUCAAAGAGAAUCCAUCUCCAGAGAAAUCAAUCAAUCUGUUCCACUGCCUGAAUAAACUGAACGAUCAUUCUCUAGUGGAGGAAAUCCAGCAUUACCUAAAAUCAGGGUCAGAAAAAAAGACCACACUGACACCCUCACAGUGGUCAGCUAUGGUCUUUGUAUUGUUGACCUCAGGGCAAAAACUAGAUGUAUUUUUAAAGAAGUAUGUUUGGCCACAUGUCUUGCCAGAUGAAAGUCUUCAAAGGCUACAACCAGUGCUUGAAGCAUCCAGAACCGCAAAUCUUGGUGAUGAUGACCUUACAAGAAAAAGCUAUACCACUAUAGUUUCUGUUCUUACAUCAAAAACCUCAUGUCUGAGAGAGUUGAACCUGGCUAAGAGUAAUGUAAGUGAUUCAGGACUUAAGCUACUCUGUGAUGGCCUGCAAAAUCCUCAAUGUCUUUUGGAAACACUGAAACUGGAGUUUUGUGAUGUUUCUGAUAAGGGUUGUAAUUUCCUGGCUUUGGCUCUGCGAUCAAACCCCUCACAUCUAAAAGAGCUGGAUCUGUCUGGAAAUAAAAUCACUAACUCCGGAUUAAAGAUUCUUUCUGCUGACUUACAGAAUCCCCUUUGUAAACUUAAGAAACUGUGGAUUAGACUUUGUGGUGUCACAAGUGAUGGUUGUGCAUCUCUGGCUUUGGUUCUGAGAUCGAACCACUCAUAUUUGAGAGGGCUGAAUCUGUCUGGGAAUACAUUGGGAGAUUCAGGAAUAAAGAAGUUCGCUGAAGGACUAGAGAAUCCUCACUGUAAACUGGAGAUAUUGAGGUUGAGGGAUUGUGCUGUCACAGAUGAAGGUUGUGCUGCUCUGGCUUCAGCUCUGAGAUCAAACCCCUCACACCUGAGAGAACUGGAUCUGUCCGGAAAUAAAUUUGGAGACACUGGAUUGCAGAGGUUAUCUGUUGAUCUGGAGAAUUCUGACUGUAAUCUUGAGACGCUUAGGUUAGACCAUUGUGAAUUCUCUAAUGAGGGCUGUGCUGCUCUGGGUUCAGCUUUGAAAUCAAACCCCUCACACCUGAGAGAACUGGAUCUAGGUUGGAAUAAACUAGGUGACUCAGGUGUGCAAGCAAUUUUUUAUGGUUUGAAGGAUCCAAACUCUAAAUUGGAAAUUUUGCGACUGAGGAAUUGCACAAUUGCAGAGGAAGGUUGUGCUGCUCUGGCUUCAACAUUGACAUCAAACCCCUCACACCUGAGAGAACUGAAUCUUUCUCAAAAUAAUCUAAAAAGCUUAUGGAUUUAUGUGUUAUAUUGCUCUCUGGAGAUGUGUGAAUGCAUGCUCGAGAUACUGCGUUUGGAAUAUUGUGGUCUCACAGAUGAGGGUUGUGCUGAUCUGGCAUCAGCUUUGAGAUCGAACCCCUCACACCUGAGAGAACUGGAUCUGUACAUGAACAAUCUAGGAGAUUCGGGAAUACAGCAGUUCUCUGCUAUGAUUAAUGACCCCAACUAUCAACUCCUAAAACUAAAGUAUGGAAAACAUCAUUAUUAGAGACCAGUAUUUAAAGAAAUGCACUUUUCUUAUUCUUCUGCACUGAAAUUAUCAUUAUAUAUCUGAAAAUGUAAAGAGAUUAAUUAUGAGACCUUUAAUUCCAGCUUCUUGAAGUCUUUGCACUUUAGACUGAGUUUUAUUAAGUAUUGAGUUAGCCUAUUUAGUAGUGGUUCUCCAGUGACUCUUGUUGACACUAACCUUUGUCA